AUGGAGCAACUUCAAGAGAAUCAGGUUGUCCUUCAGGAAGAAGUAUCCCAAAUACGGUCCCAAAUGCGGCAGUUGAUGGAGACUAUUCAAGCAGUCGCAAAAGGCCAAGAGGUUAUGGCAAAAAUGCAAGAAGAAAUGAACCAACGUGCCAGUACUACCAAUCCCCCUACCCCUCCUGCGGUCGAGAUUCCGACUCCAGUUCCUCAAGUUGAUCCUCCAAUUAACAUUAAUGCACCCGACGGUGUUCCAAACGACAAUCCUCGUCCUCAUAUUUUUGAGACAGACGACCAACUCGAUGCAUUCUUCAACCCAAGGGAUGCUUCUCAGGAUGACGCCUUCGGUUCGGUAACCAACAAGGUCGAGAGGAAGGUAAAGACUAUCAAGGAAAAGCUCAGGGCAAUGGGGAGCACUGACAUUUUGGGCCUUGAUGCGGCAGAAAUGUGCUUAGUACCUGGGGUCAUCAUUCCGGCCAAGUUCAAAGUUACGGACUUUGAAAAAUAUAAGGGAAAUAGCGACCCUAGGACACACAUUAAGGCAUAUUGCCGAAAGAUGGCUGCCUAUUCCAGCGAUGAUCAACUUUUAAUGCAUUUCUUCCAGGAUUCCCUUAGUGGGGCAUCCUUGGAUUGGUACAUGCAACUUGAGGGCAACCAUAUUCACACCUGGAGGAAAAUGGCCGAAGCAUUCCUCAAGCACUAUCAGUACAACACUGAUAUAGCACCUAAUCGCACGCAGUUGCAAAAUCUGACUCAGAGGUCUGAGGAGUCCUUCAAAGAGUAUUCCCAACGAUGGAGGGAAUUAGCUGCUAGGGUACAACCCCCAUUCCUAGAAAUAGAACUGGUAGACAUGUUUAUGGGAAACCUGCAAGGUCCAUACCUUGAUAGAAUGGUAGGGAGCACCUUUUCGGGCUUUUCCGACCUGGUCUUAGUCGGUGAAAGAAUAGAGAAUAUGAUUAAGAUGGGAAAGAUCCAGAACUCUGCCAGUGCUUCUAGUGCAUCGAAGAAACCUUUUGUUCCCUACGGUAAAAAACGAGAAGGCGAGACCAAUGCUGCCUUCAUCACUCGAACAAGAAAUCCCACUUAUCUACAAGUAGCUGCCAUAGCUCCCAUCCAACCGAGUCAACAACAACCAUUUGCAAUUCCUGUUCAAACUCAACAAAAACAACGAUAUCAACAACAACCGCAACGACCCCCACUAGCGGUUCUUCCUCCCGAUUAUGAUGCAAAUGCCCGCUGUGAAUUUCAUUCUGGUGCUCCUGGGCAUUCGAUCGAGAAUUGUAAAGCAUUAAAGUACAAGGUUCAAGAUCUUAUUGAUUCUAAGGCAAUCACGUUCGCCCCCAAGGGGCCGAAUGUAAAUAAUAACCCGAUGCCCCCUCACAACAAUGCAUCAGUGAAUAUGAUGGAAGCUGACAAUGGAAGGAGAUUGAUGUCCUGUGUGGACGAGUUAAAAACACCACUCAUCGAGAUCAAGAAUGCUUUAAUGAAGAAUAAUACCUUUCCCAUCUGUGGUAAUGACUGUGAACACUGUCUGAUUAACCCGCAACAAUGUAGAACAUUGAAGUCUGUCAUACAACAAUUAAUGAACCAAGGGAUCUUGGUGGUAGACUGCCCGUCCAUAAAGGAAUAUAUGUCUACCCUCGAGAUACCAUACGACGAAGUCCCUCCUCUGAAAAUUCCAUAUGACUUCUCUCAGUUAACUUUGUCGAAAAAUCAUGUUAAUCCAAUCGUAAUAACAGUUUCCACACCAUUCCCAUAUGUUAACACCAAGGCAGUCCCAUGGAUGUAUGACACCUCAGUCUACAUUCAUGGUCAGAAGAUUCAAGAAGAACCGUUAAAGUCUAGUGAUCCAAUGAUCAAUACCACCGGCACUAGCGGAAUCACAAGAAGUGGAAGGAUAUUUGCGCCGACACCCACUCCAAUUGGAACUAUCAACCCUUCAACUUCAGACAAAGGCAAACAAAUUGAUGGCGCUCAGCAAAGACAACACCCCGCACCUUCCAAUGAAGUAGACGAGUUCUUACGCAUUAUCAAGAAGAGCGAUUAUCGAGUAGUUGAUCAGCUUAACCAGACACCCUCAAAAAUCUCAAUGUUGUCUUUAUUAAUGUGCUCGGAGGCCCAUAGGGAUGCUUUGGUAACAUUUUUUAGGACAACUCACGUGCCGUAA